GCCCCCACGCACCAUCAGAACAAUGAGCAGCUUCGUUCCAUGGGAGGAAAGUGCACACCUGGACAGGACUACGACGUCAGGAUUACGAUGAAGUACGUCUCCAUGGUGGCCUUGGAUAGCAAAACACAUCGGGGCCGGUGCAUCUUCGACCCAUCCGGAAUCGAACGAAUUGCCUUCGACAUGCUGGCCAUGCUUUUCCUGCUUUAUGACUUGUGCUUCACACCGGUGACCAUCGCCUGGGAUUUCCCCAUGAGUGGGUGGUUGUUGUACUGCACCGCAGCCGUCGCUGUCUUCUGGACACUAGAUAUGAUGAUGACGCUGCGGACAGCAUACUACCAUGCAGGCGCGGUCUCGACAAGACCAUCCAUGAUCUUCCGCAGGUAUGCCAGGACCACGUUUGUCCUGGACUUGUUCAUCGUCUGCGUUGAUUGGUUGACAGUCUUCGCAAACUCGAUUUUCCCGGAGGAGCAGGCCGGCGAGAACCCGGAAGUGAUCGGCGCAAAACUGGUCCGCUUCUCCAAGGCGACACGUGUCGUGCGCAUCGUGAGUGUGACCCGGGUUGUUCGCAUUCAAGUAUACCUGGAGCACCUGGGAGAUCGGCUGCAUGGGGGAUCCUCUUCGAAGUAUGUGGGAGACAUGGCUCGUCUCAUCGUGAUCAUCGUCUGGAUCAACCACAUUAUGAGCUGCACCUGGUUCUACAUCGGCCGUGUGACGGUCGGCGACACGGGCACGAGCUGGCUAAACGACCCCAUCCGGGACGAGAACAGCCCGUUUUACUCGGACACCCUGCCGCUGUUUCAGUACACCACGGCCUUCCACUGGGCCAUCACACAGAUGACCCCCGGAUCCAUGCAGGCCAUGAAGUCCAAGUCGAAGUCGAAGUCGUCACAUUAUGGGGUUGCGCCCGAGGCUUUGGGUUUAGGGCCGUUCCCCAAUAGCAAUUUGGCUGGGGACAAAUUUCGCCAUGCUGCCCUGCGGACCUGCCCUGUUGGGUGGAGUGCCUAA